ACCAACUUUACAAAAGCCAGUUUCCUAGAAGAACUCCAUUGAAAUAGCCCACUGGUUGCCCAAUCAAAGUUCAUGAACCUCUCUCCUUCCACUCAUAUUUAAGCUCAUCACUCUUCUUCCUAUUGUAUCUCUCAAAGCCUUUCUCUCUCUUAAAAGCAUCUGUUUAUUGUAAUGGGAGCAAUGAACAUGUGUUCUACUUCUUCAGAUUCUUCUACUUCCGAGUUCUCUUUCAAUGGCAAUGUUACUACACCAAGAAACGUAAACAAACUGGAGCGGAUCAAAGGUCCGUGGAGUGCAGAUGAGGACCGCAUUCUUACUCGCCUUGUUGAGCGACAUGGACCCAGAAAUUGGUCCUUAAUUAGCCGAUAUAUUAAGGGACGUUCGGGUAAAUCAUGCAGGCUUAGGUGGUGCAAUCAGCUAAGCCCAAACGUGGAGCACCGACCAUUUUCUCCGGCUGAAGAUGAAACCAUUUUGGCCGCACAUGCCAGGUAUGGUAACCGGUGGGCCACCAUUGCUCGGUUUUUACCGGGUCGGACAGAUAAUGCAGUGAAGAACCAUUGGAACUCGACGUUGAAGAGAAGGGCAAGAGAACAGCAGCAUCAAAUGAUGAUGGAGGGUAGUUUUGAUAAUAGCAGUAUUGGUGUAGGUGUUGUUGCAGCAGCACCAGCAUCUACGCCGCGUAAUGAAGAGGAGGAAGUAUUGACCGCGUUGACUCUGGCACCGCCGGGGAUCAAUGGUAGCAGUAGCAACGGCCGGAAGGAGGCAGAGAGGAAGGCGGAGAGUUUGCCAGCUGGGUUUUGGGAUGUGAUAAGGAAUGUGAUUGCAGGGGAAGUGCGAGAGUAUAUGAGUUCCACCAUAAACGAGAGUUCAUGGGGUUUUAAUUAGCUAGCUCAAAGAAAUGAAAAAACGCUGCCGUUGCAGUGAUUUGGUUUAAUUAAAUUUAACGGCCUUAGUGGGAAGAUUUUAUUUAUUUAUUUAUUUCAGUUUCUCUUCCUCAGUUUCAAAAUGGAAGAUUAUGAGAACUUGAACUCGACAGCAUGUCCCCAAUGGAAAAUGGUUUCAAUUU